AUGAUUCCCAGUGUCCUCCUUGCUCUGCUUCCGGCUGUUGCCUCUGCUCAGUCAGCAGACCAGUCAUUCCUUGGCGAGUCAAUUCUGAGGGAGAAUCAGGUUCAGAAUGUAUUGGAACACCAGCCAGCAAAGGGUGCUGAAUGCCAACAUGUCCCCACGGGGCCAAUUGAAAUGACACAAUGCAAUUACGAGUCGAUAGAGAGCGUCUCGGAUGACCUAUACAACAACUUGCACGACCUCGUUAGCACGCCGUUCUUCAGAUAUUUCAGAGCGGACCUAUACCGAGAAUGUCCGUUUUGGAACGAGAACGGCUUUUGUAUGAACAGACAGUGUGGUAUAACUACGGUUGACGAGAGCGAAAUUCCAGAGAAAUGGCGAGCCGCAAGUUUGAGUAAAGUGGAAUUGCCCCCACCAGGAUUACGUAAUUCGCUACCAGGCUGUUAUUACAAAGAUACGGAUUAUUGUUUCUUAGACGACCACUCGGAGGGAGAUUACGUAGACCUUAUCGCCAAUCCCGAACAAUUCACCGGUUAUGCAGGUAUUUCAGCGAAUAGGAUAUGGAGUACAAUUUACAAUGAAAACUGUUUUGGAAUUUCCGAGCUGGAUUUGAAGGGUGGCACAGACGGUGGCAUUGCGCCCGCUACGUCAGGAGCAGAUCCCUUCGAUAAGGCUACUUUGGAAGAGCCUGCACAAUGUCUAGAGAAGAGAGUAUAUUAUAAGAUAGUUUCUGGUCUUCAUACCUCUAUCUCAAUUCAUCUUUGUCAUGAUUGGUUCAAUCAGACCAGUGGGGAAUGGAUGCCGAACUUGCAAUGUUUCGUUUCUCGAGUUGCUUCCCAUCCUGAGCGACUCAAAUAUGUCUACUUCAACACGGUACUGCUUUUACGAGCCAUCUCCCGACUUGGUCCUUAUCUCUCAGCAUAUGACUAUUGUUCGUGCAACUCCGAAACCCAUGAAGAGGACAAGUUCACGCUGAGCAGGUUAAACUCCAUCAUCGACAUUGCCAAGAAUGUUGGACAAUUUGACGAGACGACACUGUUCAAAGGUGAAAAUGCCAACAUCGUGAAAGAGGAGUUUAAGACACAUUUCCGGAAUGUAUCGCGCAUAAUGGAUUGCGUUGGCUGUGACAAAUGUCGUCUGUGGGGCAAGGUGCAAACAUCUGGUGUGGCCACCGCGCUGAAAGUUCUGUUCGAGAUGGACGAGAAGGCUCUUGAUCCGGCCGCAAAUACGAAUCUCCUCACGCGUUCUGAAGUUGUCGCAUUGAUUAAUACAUUGCAUCGGUUUACAGAGAGCUUGCAAUACGUGAACAAUUUCCGUAAAAUAUGGGCUGAUGCCCCCGAUGACGAAUAUGAGGAGCUUAUCCGAGAAGCAAAGAGGGCUGUCGCUAGUGCUGUACGUAUAAGCUAA